AUGAUGUCUUCGGCGCACGUUUAUACACACCACCAGUACAAUCCCCAGGGCGACUCCAGCUGGAUGCACCAGCAGGCGUCGCACCACCAACAGAGCCAUGUAUCCGUUGCUCAACAGCAGCAGCAACAGCAGCAACAGGCUCAGCAACAGCAAGCCCAGCAACAGCAACCGCAUUUCAACCGUAUGCCUGGUAAUCACUCUGCUGGUGGAGCUGGCGGCAACCUGGGAGGUGCUCAUGCGCAGGAUGCUGGCCAUGAGAAUAUCUCGGAGGAUAAUCGGCGCACCAUGGCGUACAUUGCCGAUUUGCUAAACGAGAACACAAGGGAAGCUGCGCUGUUGGAGUUGAGCAAAAAGAGGGAGCAAGUGCCUGAAUUGGCUCUCAUAUUGUGGCACUCAUUUGGUGUCAUGACGUCGCUGCUGCAGGAAAUCAUUUCUGUUUAUACGCUGCUCAACCCUUCCCAGCUCACGGCCGCCGCGUCAAACCGGGUUUGCAACGCCUUGGCACUGUUGCAGUGCGUUGCGUCGCACAACGACACCCGCACGUUGUUUCUCAAUGCGCAUAUCCCGCUGUUUUUGUACCCCUUUCUCAAUACGACGUCCAAGUCGCGCCCGUUUGAGUAUUUGCGACUGACCAGCCUCGGUGUUAUUGGCGCCUUGGUCAAGAAUGACUCCUCGGAUGUCAUUAACUUUCUCCUCACUACGGAGAUCAUCCCUCUAUGCCUUCGGAUUAUGGAGACUGGCUCCGAGCUUAGCAAGACUGUGGCCAUAUUUAUCGUUCAGAAGAUUCUGCUGGACGACAACGGUCUCAAUUAUAUCUGCGCUACCUAUGAGCGCUUCUAUGCUGUAGGCACCGUGCUUAGCAACAUGGUUGCUCAGCUAGUCGAGUCUCAGACUGCCCGGCUCCUCAAGCACGUCGUACGAUGCUUCCUCAGACUCAGUGAUAAUGCCCGUGCCCGUGAGGCUCUUCGCCAGUGCCUGCCCGAGCCGCUUCGUGACGCCACGUUCUCGUCCGUUUUGAGAGAUGACGCAGCAACCAAGAGAUGCCUUGCCCAGCUUCUCAUUAAUCUGUCUGACAAUGUGGUAGACAACUCGCAAGGAGUCUCCAGCCUGUGA